AGCCGCGCCGCGCCCGCCUCUGGGGCCGAGCAGGAUGUUCGUCAAAGCCGAGACGCUGGAGUUGAAGGAGGAGGAGGAGGUGCUGAUGCUGCUGGGCUCGGCUUCCCCGGCCUCGGCGACCCUGACUCCCAUGUCGUCCAGCGCGGACGAGGAGGAAGAGGAGGAGCUGCGGCGGCCGGGCGCCGCGCGUGGGCCUCGCGGGGCGGAAGGCGGGCAGGGGGGACAGGGCGGUUCGGCGUCGGGCGCCGGGGAUUGCCGGCCGGCGCGCCUGCUGGGGCUGGUGCACGAGUGCAAGCGGCGCCCGUCGCGCGCUCGGGCCGUCUCGCGAGGCGCCAAGACGGCGGAGACGGUGCAGCGCAUCAAGAAGACCCGCCGGCUGAAGGCCAACAACCGCGAGCGCAACCGCAUGCACAACCUGAACGCGGCGCUGGACGCGCUGCGCGAGGUGCUGCCCACGUUCCCCGAGGACGCCAAGCUCACCAAGAUCGAGACGCUCCGCUUCGCCCACAACUACAUCUGGGCGCUCACCGAGACCCUGCGCCUGGCGGACCACUGCGCGGGCGGAGGCGGCGGCGGCCUCCAGGGGGCGCUCUUCUCCGAGGCCGUGCUGCUGAGCCCCGGAGCCGCGCUGGGCGCCGGCGGGGACAGCCCUUCGCCCUCCUCCUCCUCCUCCUGGAGCUGCAGCAACAGCCCCGCGUCCUCCUCCAACUCCACGUCGCCCUACAGCUGCACUUUAUCGCCCGCUAGCCCCGGGUCGGACGUGGACUACUGGCAGCCCCCGCCUCCGGAUAAGCACCGUUACGCACCUCACCUGCCCCUGGCCAGGGACUGUAUCUAG